AUGCCGCCAUGUUAUCUGGACAUCAUCAUGAGCCAGUGCAACUUUGCCGAGGCGGAUUACACGCCCAGCAAGGACAGGCUCGUCGAUAACAUCCGCGUCGUGGCACAGAGGCCUUUCCUGUCGUCUAGCGGUAACGCAAUGGGCGACGCCGGCAGGGUGAAAACUGGAACCGCAGCGGCCGCGGCUGUCAUUGUUAGUCUCUUGGCGGGCAUGGCGUUACUCGUAUAAGCGAUGCAGAGAGCAUCAGUCCUCUCUCUCUCUCUCGCGAAUACUUAAUAUUUUGACAAUGUAAGAGGCGAUAAGUAAUAUUGACAAAAGGGGCGCCGAGACCUCAGCAAAGGGGGGUUAUUUUCCACGAUAUAUGGGAAUUGUGACUGCUAGGGGAGAGGGUGUGCACACUGUAACGCUCGAAAUGUCUAGAUCUU